UGGGUCCAGGAGGUUAGCGAGCGUUCUUGGUUCUCAUUCCAGUCACCGGCGUUUGCUGAGAAACGCAACAUGACUUCUUACACUGACAAAGGAGAAAAGCCAGAGAGGGGGCGCUUUGUUAAAUUCCAUCAUGUCACCUUCUGGGUUGGCAACGCAAAACAGGCGGCUGUAUUCUACUGUGACAAGAUGGGCUUUGAGCCACUAGCCUACAAGGGUCUGGAGACUGGCAGUCGUGAAGUGGUGUCCCAUGUCAUCCGACAGGAUAAGAUAUUGUUUGUUUUUGAGUCUGCCCUGAAUCCUGGAAAUGAAGAAAUUGGGGAGCACUUAGUGAAACAUGGAGACAGCGUCAAGGACAUAGCAUUCCAAGUGGAAGACUGUGACUUCUUAGUGAAGAAAGCUAAAGAACGAGGCGCUGUGAUCGUCAGAGAGCCCUGGGUGGAACAGGAUGAAUAUGGCAAAGUGAAGUACGCUAUUGUGCAAACUUAUGGAGACACAACACACACAUUUAUUGAGUACCUGGGUCCCUACAAGGGACUGUUUCUGCCAGGAUACAGAGCGCCACUCUUCAAGGACCCUUUGCUACCCAAACUGCCGCCAGGCUGUCUGAGUUUCAUUGAUCACAUUGUGGGAAACCAGCCAGACGACAAGAUGGUGCCAGUAUCGGACUGGUAUCAGAAGUGCCUGAUAUUCCACCGCUUCUGGUCCAUAGACGACAAGCAGAUCCACACGCAGUACAGCGCCUUGCGGUCCAUUGUGGUCACCAACUACGAGGAGACCAUAAAGAUGCCCAUCAAUGAGCCCGCGCCAGGGAAGAGGAAGUCACAGAUCCAGGAGUACGUGGACUACAAUGGUGGCCCUGGUGUACAGCACAUUGCUCUCAAUACCUCAAACAUCAUCCAAGCUAUUAUCAAUCUCAGAGCUCGUGGAAUGGACUUCUUGAGUGCUCCAGACACUUACUAUGACACCUUGCGAGAGAAACUCAAGUCAGCCAAGAUCAAAGUGAAGGAGGACCUUGAUAAACUGCAGGAACUGAAAAUCCUGGUGGAUUUUGAUGACAAGGGCUACCUACUCCAGAUCUUCACCAAACCUGUGCAGGACCGCCCUACCCUCUUCUUGGAAGUCAUUCAACGACACAACCACUUCGGCUUCGGGGCUGGAAACUUCAAGUCUCUAUUUGAAGCCAUAGAGAAGGACCAAGAUGCCAGGGGCAAUCUCACCGUGUUGACCUCAGAGGCCCAACCCAAGGCUUUUUACUAGCGCAUGCUGCUACCCCCGACCAGUUCAAAUUGUAUGCCAACAAUAAUAAACUGAAUACAGUAUGCAUUGGUAUAAUUAGUUAAAGCAACAUCUCCCCACUCUUUUGAGUCACCUCUUACCCUGCUUUCAUUACUGUUUGUGAGUGAUAUUAAGUGAAGGCUAUAAUGGUGUGCAAGUACCAGGAAAACCUCAGAGCCAGUGCAGGCUCUUGUCUAGCACACCAUUAUUGUGACAACACUCUCCUAAAGCGCAGUCAAUUUUAAUAUUCGUUAAUAUGUGCUAUGUGCCUCAAACUGGAAAUCAGCUCAAAAUGGAAGCAUGCCAGUGCAGUCAAACCUUGAACAGAAAUAGGCUGUGAGAAGAUUCUUGAACUGUUCGCAACAUUUUACCGGAAUCUCU